AUGGAGGACAGCGAGGGCGUGUCCGAGAUGGGAGAGCUGCCGGAUCUGGAGCUGCAAAUCCCGGCCCUGGCUCUCUUCCGCCGCAGCACUACCCCAUCACCACCUCCCCCUCCUCUACCCCCCUCACCGGAAGAGUCUCCCCCCUCGCCGGGAGAGCCACCCCCGCCACCGAAACCCCCCAGAAUCCCCACGACCAGCACGGUCAACUUCUCAGCCACAAACGUGUACAUCUCGCCAUUGCCAACGCCGACCUCAUCCUCAUCCAACCCCACGAACCCCACGGCUCCUACGCCCGCCCGCUUGAGAGAUGCAUCUCGGCCAUCAGGUUCCCGGCGGUCGAGCUCUCGCCUGUCGAGCCCCCGUCGGCUGUCUGAUCCCCGUCGACCAAGCCCCCGUCGCUCGAGCUCUCGCUUCUCAAACCCCAGAUGGUCGCCCCCGCCCCCGCCUUCCCGCACCCGGUCCGCCCCGUACCACUUCCCCUCUGCGGGCGCUAGCAGGAUCUACCGCCUGCUGUCGCCGUCGAUGAUGACGGCGCCGGACACGGAGCGCGAGGGGUCGUAUGCGGAGCGUCCGGGACCGUAUUCGAGGCACUCGGGGCCGUAUAUGCAGCGCUCGAGCCCGUAUUCGGGGUACAGAGGCUCAACGGCGUCAGAGCCCGAGGUGCCGACAAAUGCGGAACUGUUGGCUGAAGCGCUGAAGGCGCGUAGGGAUACUCUGCUUACGGGGACGUAUGUUUGUGGUGUUGCGGUGCUGUUGGUCAUGGCGUUUUGUGGGGUCGCGCUGGGGUGGUGGUUGUUGAGGCUGCAGGGUGGGGGGAAGUAG